AUGAACCCUUCAGCAGACAUGAACAACAACCCUCCGCAGGAUCUCCCUGUCGACCUGAGCCAGAACUUUCAUGCCGCCGCGAUGGAUCAGGUCCUUCCCGAGGCUCUCCAGGAAGUCGCACCAGGCGCCAUACCUGAGAUUCUUCCCGGCAUGCUGCCCACUGGCGAAAUGUUCAUGCCUCAACUGGUACAGACACAACAACACUUUGGCCCGAGCCAACACCUAUUUCAAGCGAACGGCGUCAUCCCCCCGAUGCCGCACAACGCCAUCAGCGCUGAUGAAAUCGCCCUCUACGACCGCCAGAUUCGCCUUUGGGGUAUGAAGGCCCAGGAGAAGAUUCGCGGCGCCAACAUCCUACUCAUCACCAUGAAGGCCCUCGCAAACGAAGUGGCCAAGAACCUCGUCCUCGCAGGCAUCGGCUCCCUGACCAUCUGUGACGGUGACGUUGUCACCGAGGCCGAUCUCGGCUCCCAGUUCUUCCUUGCCGCCGACCACUCGCUCGUCGGCCAGAAUCGCGCCCAAGCCGCCGCUCCCGCCGUGCAGAAGAUGAACCCCCGCGUCGUUGUUCACGCCGACGCCGAACGUGUUCAGACCAAGGGGUCGAGCUACUUUUCAGCCUUUGACAUUGUCAUCGCCACGGACCUCGACUCCUUCACCCUGAACAUUGUCAACACAGCGACUCGCCUGCACAACAAGGCAUUCUACGCUGCCGGCUGCCACGGCCUCUACGGUUUCAUCUUUGCCGACCUCAUCGAGCACGAUUACGUCAUCCAAAGAGAACUCAGUAACGUCGCCACCAAGCUCGGGUCCGAGACUCGCACCCGCAGCGUUGUCGAUGUCCAGACGAAGAAGGAAGGCGGAAAGACCAUCGAGUCCGUCACCAAGCGCGAGCUCUACUCAACGUGGUACCUCGCCAGCGACGUCGUCGCAUCUCUGCCCCGCGAGUACACCCAGACGCCCCGCCGCAAGCGCGCCGUCACCCCCGCCCUCUCCUGUCUCCGCGCUCUCUGGGAGUUCCAAACGCUGAGCGGCGGGCGCCUGCCAGGGCACACGAAGGAGGACCUCGGCCUCUUCACCAAGCUGGCGACGGCGCAGCACGCGCAGCUGGGCCUCCUCUCCGAGACGCUCCGUUCCGAGACGCUGCGCAGCUUCCUUCAGAGCCUGGGCGGUGAGAUGGCGCCCGUCGCGGCCAUCCUCGGCGGCCAGCUCGCGCAGGAUGUCAUCAACGUCCUCGGCCAGACGCAGCAGCCCAUCCAGAACACGGUCGUGUUUGACGGAAACACCAUGGAGGCAAAUGUCUACCCGCUUCACCCCCCGGGCGCCCUGGGCCGCGGCCUCCUGUCUGAGAGCAUGCCCGCCGCCCUGCCCAACGGUGGCGUGGCGCUCGGGGACCCGGGCAUGAUGAUGCCCAUGUCGAUGGAUGGGAUGGACUUUGUCGGCGCGGCGCCCGUGGUGACACAGUAG